AUGUUGAAGGUGGUUAUAUUUUUCGCUUUUCUUGCGAUAUUCGUAGCUGGAACAGAAUAUCGUGCUCCAACCCAAUGGUGGAAUACUGAUGAUAAUAAAGAGUAUAAAGACGGAAAACAUCGAGUUCCAUUUCCACAAUGUUUGGUAUCUGGUGCCAAAUCUAACUAUCUCGAUUCACCAUCAUUAAUAAAAUUAUUUGAUAAAGCAAUUGAUGAUGAACUAAAAAAUUUAAAACAUGAACAUCAUGAAAAUAAAAAACAUCACUAUGAUGAUGAAAUGGAUUAUGAUAAUUAUGGAACAAAAGGCGAUCAUCAUAAAUCUCGAUCAGCUGCUACAGCUGCAAUUAAAUUAACAAGAGAUAUUAUGACUGUUCUUGCUUGUGAUCUUAAUGGAACAGAUACCGAUAAUUUAGAACAUUUUCUUCAAAAAUUCAAAAUGCCUGAAGAAUUUUGUAAAUAUCGUGAUGCACCUGAUUGUUCUGAAAAGAAAACAUAUCGAACUGCUACUGGAGUUUGUAAUAAUCUUGAACGUCCAUAUGAAGGAAGUUCUCAAACAGCUUUUGGACGUAUAUUAUCGGCUGAUUAUGAUGAUCAUCUUAGUGAACCUCGUCGUAAAUCUGUCAAAGGAGGAUUGUUACCAUCAUGCCGUCGAGUUAGUUUAGCAUUAGGAUCAAAACCAUUAUUCAAUCGAGAAUACAAUAAUUUCUGGGUCAUCUAUGGACAAUUUAUGGGACAUGAUAUGGCACUUUCAACACCAGUUACUGAUACUUAUUCAACUCCUAUUUCUUCAUGUACAUGUGAUUCAAAACAUGAUUGGAAUAAAUGUAAUGUUAUUGAUAUUAAAUCUGAUGAUCCAUAUUUACGUGGUCAAAAAUGUAUGGCUUUUCCAGCAACUGCACAAGCAUUUAAAAAUCAAAUUUGUUCACUUGGUGUUAAAGAACAAAUGAAUGGAAAUACACAUUUUCUUGAUUUAUCUAAUAUCUAUGGUAAUACAUUACGUGCUGCUGCUGUUUUACGUUCAGAUGAUGGUACAUUAAAAUCAACAAGAAGACAUUGGGCAAAACUUGAAUUUCCACCUGGUCAACGUGAAGGAAAAUCAUGUGUUGAUGCUACAUAUAAACAACCAUGUUUUGCUGGAGGUGAUUCACGUUUAAUGAUUAAUCUUUUAUUCUCUGGUAUUCAAGCAAUACAUUUACGUGCACACAAUAUCGCCGUUAAAGAAUUACAUGAACUCAAUCCAUACUGGAAAAAUAAUGAACUUUAUGAAGUAGCAAGACAAAUAAACAUUGCCUGGUUUCAACGAGUCACAUGGAAUGAAUGGUUACCUAUCUUAUUUGGAGAAGAAAAUUAUGCAACUUAUUUUGGUGGAAAAGGUUCAUCGGAAUAUAAGAAAGGUGCAUCGGAAUACAAGAAAGGUGAAUCGGAACAUAAGAAAGGUGAUUCGGAAUAUAAGAAAGGUGAAUCGGAACAUAAGAAAGGUGAUUCAGAAUACAAGAAAGGUGAAUCGGAUUAUAAGAAAGGUGAAACGGAAUAUAAAAAACAUGUAGCACCAGUUACAUACAAUGAAGUUGCUACAGCUGCAUUUCGUUUACAUACAUUAGUUCGUGAUUUAUUCAGUCGAUGUACUCCAGAUGGCAAACGUAUUGAUCAAUUAUGGUUACAUGAUAUUAAUGCUAAAGCUAAAUUUGCUUACGAUGUUGAAGCUAAUGGUCUUGAUUCAAUUAUUUGCGGUGCAUUCUAUGAUUAUGGUUUCUCUCAUGAUGGAAAUUUUGCUCAUCAAAUUCACCAUCGUUUAUUUGAAACAACAAAUCAAUAUAAACAAUUAUGGCGUAAUGAUUUAGUUGCUAUUAAUAUUUGCCGUGGUCGUGAACAUGGUAUUCGAAGUUACAAUGCUUAUCGACACCAUUGUAAAUUACCAAAAGCAAGUUAUUUUGAAGAUUUUGGAGAUACAAUUAAUUAUGAUGGUAUCGAAUUAUUGCAAAAACUUUACAAAGAUACAGAUGAUGUUGAUUUAUUCGUUGCACUUGCUUUAGAAGAUCAAAUACCAGGCGGUGUUAUUGGUCCAGUUUCAGCAUGUCUUAUUGCUGAACAAUUUAAUGUUAUUCGAGAUGGUGAUCGUUUAUUUUAUUCACAUCACGGUGUACUUACACCUGAGCAAUUAAAAGAAAUGCAAGAUUAUCCAAUCCAUUGCUUUUAUUGUGCUUUCGUUGAUAUUGAUGAAAUACCAUUAAAUCCAUUCAAAUCACCAAAUGAUUCAGAUAAUAUGUUACAACGCUGCUCAGAAUGUAGACCAUUCAAAUUUAAUUAUUGGAAAGAUAAAUCAUCAUAA